AUGAAAUACACCAAGAACAGCGGUGAUAUUGCCGUUAGCCAUUGGGACGACGACGAUUUCAAGCCAUCGCAACGAGAGGCCCUGCACGAGGACCAGAAGCUCUGCAAAUGGAACCUCGACCGCAUCGUGUCGACCGUUCCGCUCAAGAUUCAAUCGUCCGGAAUCUGCAACGGCUCCGGCCUGUUCGCGGGUGCCGAUAUACCCGCGGGCCGCGAGAUUUACCACGUCGCCCCGAUAAUGCAUACUCUCAGUGCCGGCAACCCUUCCUUUUGUUCCCAUUGCCUGAAGGAUACACAGGAAGUGUUGGGUGGGCCGUCCAAAGACAAUGAAGAGACAAAGGCCUGUGCAAAUUGCAAGGUCGCCAGGUUCUGCUCCAAGAGGCUCGUUGGAUACGCGUUUGACGUGGUUACGGCCAUGAUCAACCACUCCUGCGACCCAAAUGCGUUUGUUCAUUUUGAAGGCAAUGAGAUUCGAGUCCGCUCGCUCAGACCGAUUGCCGCUGGCGAAGAGAUUACUAUUUGCUAUAUCGAUCCGACUCUUAGGUUGACUGCCCGCAAAGAUUUCCUCAAGGGCAAUCACUUCUUCGACUGUUCCUGCACCCGCUGCGAAGGCGAGCUCAAAGAGCAGUCGUCUCUGCUCGAAGGCACCGAAAAGCUUUCGAUCCUUCCGCAUUACCAGAGGGAGAUCGUUCGGCUCAUCGAUGCCGCCGUCCAAGCUUUCAAACACCCUGGCGUUUUCCCGGACUAUGAGGACCCUUCGGCGGUCGAAACAUUGCUACGUACCGUCACCACUCAUGCGUUCCCCCCUGGCAAGCUCUGGCCUGAACACAUGGAACCCUUACCUUCUGCCCGCCUUUCGCUGGCCAAGUUGUAUCUCGGAAAAGGACAGCCGGUACCCGCCCUGCGCAACGGCCUCAAAGGAAAACUCCUCAACACCCGGAAGAGCGGGCCUGAGUGGGUUAACGAAAUGAUGGACAUCAUAACCAUCCUCAUUGUCGCAGGCAGCCUGCCACCGGAGUCGCCCGCGUUUCAGGACAAGAAAUUCCCCUCGGCAACCGAUCUCCAGAACGUAACACUCGGGUAUUUCGUGGCAGCUACCCACGAGGCGGCUCGCAUGUUCGGCCCGGAGGCGGAAUAUGCCAAGGGGAUCUCGCACAUGACGAGUGUCAUGGGUGCGCAGAGGGAACCCCCAUUGCCGGGAAGCAAGGAAUUCAUAGAGGUGUUUAUCCCUGCGCAGCGAAGACUGCUGGAAUGGGUAGGCAUACCGGAGGAGAAUGCCAUUGCCAUCCACGGGGUGUGA